UGAACACAUUUUUUGAGCUAAAUUGUGCCUAUCUUGAGGGUAAUUUCUUCUAGAUGCGCUCCCGUCUCACUCUUUAAGAAAGAUGAAGAGCGGGUAACACACCUCUGAGGCAGAGAAGUUGGGAGAUUCAGUUUCCCCUGGUCUGAGGGUGGAGUCGCAGUCGAUGGUCCAACACACCAAAGAAGAGGCCGUUGUUCUCACUGCUUCUGUCAAAUUAAUAAAGAAGGCAAUAAAUUAUUGAAAAACGACUGCUCCUUUCUUACCCCCUUCGUUCCUGCCCCUUUACCCUCUCUCUUUCUCUCCUUCUCUCGCCCUGUAAUGUUUCAGUUUUCAUGCUUGCCCCGUGCUCUUCAUUUCUUGACUUCUCGCGUAGUCCAUGCCUGAUCUGUUAUGGGUUUUGAUUCUCUACAUUCUGGGUCGUCGGCUUCAUUCUUUUCAUUCCUCAAAACAAGUAAGGCAGAUUCGCAGCUGUUUUUAGGUUCUGGGUACCUCGAAUUUAAUUUUUGAGUUUUUGAAGUCGGCGUAAUGGAAAUUUAGGUACGCACUGGGUACAUAUUCCUAUGGUGUUUAAUUGAAGAAGUUGGGUCCAAAUCUCUUCACGUAUUUGAGUGGUAUGCUGGGAAAUUUGGGUUCAUCUGGUUUCUAGGUUUUUGAAUUGCGAAGUUAGGAUUUUGAAGUGGGUAUGGUGGGAAAGGAGGAUGCUUCCAGUAAUCCGAGGGUUGCAGGUCAGAUUUCUGGCUCCCGAAAGAUGUUUUGGCGCUCGGCUUCAUGGUCCUCUUCCCGAACUGCCUCUCAAGCCCCUGAAAUUGAAGAAAAAAAUUUAGCGGAUUCGCAUGGUAAUAACGGCAAUAGUGAUGGGCACAAUCGACGUUAUCCUCCUGUUCCAUUAACCCCAAGAUCUCAACAAAAUUGUAAGGCGCGCUCUUGUUUGCCGCCUCUGCAGCCAUUAUCAAUUGCACGCAGGAACUUUGAUGAAUGGCCAAAGGCCAGUUCUGAUGAUCUUGGUGAGUGGCCACAACCGCCAACCCCAAGUGGGAACAAGAGCAAUGAGAGGUUAAAGCUUGAUUUGUCAUCAAUUCAGCCGAAUCCAGACAAGAAUGGUGGUCUAGUGAAGAGGGAUAAAAUUGCUUUCUUUGAUAAAGAAUGUUCAAAAGUGGCAGAACAUAUUUAUCUUGGUGGAGAUGCUGUUGCAAGGGACAGGGAUAUACUGAAGAAGAAUGGAAUUACCCAUGUCUUGAAUUGUGUGGGUUUUCUUUGUUCUGAGUAUUUCAAGGAUGAUUUUGUGUACAGAACCUUGUGGUUGCAAGAUAAUCCAUCGGAGGAUAUUACUAGCAUACUCUAUGAUGUUUUUGAUUAUUUUGAGGAUGUUAGGGAACAGCAUGGGAGAGUUUUUGUUCAUUGCUGCCAGGGGGUAUCAAGGUCCACAUCGUUGGUGAUAGCAUAUCUUAUGUGGAGAGAAGGUCAGAGUUUUGAUGAUGCCUUCCAGUAUGUGAAGGCAGCUAGAGGGAUUGCAGAUCCAAACAUGGGUUUUGCUUGCCAGUUGCUGCAGUGCCAAAAGCGAGUCCAUGCAGUUCCAUUGAGCCCUAGUUCCUUAUUUAGAAUGUAUAAACUUGCCCCGCACUCAGCAUAUGAUCCUUUGCACCUCGUCCCAAAAUUGUUGAAUGAUCCUUCUCCUUCGGCACUGGAUUCUAGAGGCACCUUUAUCAUUCAAAUACCUUCUGCAAUAUACAUCUGGAUUGGUAAACACUGUGAAGCCAUCAUGGAAAGGGAUGCAAGAGGGGCAGUUUGUCAGAUUGUUCGGUAUGAGAAAGUGCAAGGGCCAAUAGUAAUGAUCAAAGAGGGAGAAGAACCAUCUUAUUUUUGGGAUGCCUUUUUAAACAUUUUACCUUUGAUGGAUAAAUCUGGAAGAGUGGAGGUUGGGGAAUCAACAAUCAAGAUUUCCCCUGGUAAGAGGAAAGUGGAUGCAUAUAAUGUUGAUUUUGAGAUUUUCCAGAAAGCUAUCAAGGGAGGUUUUGUUCCUCCAUUUGCUUCAUCUGAGAAUGAGCAUGAAACCCAUCUUCCUGCUAGAGAAAGCUGUUGGAGUGGUCUUAGACGCAAGUUUGCUUCUGGUGUUAUGAAGGAAUUUGUCACAUUACCAAAGUUAUACCUCUCCAGGGUCUACUCAGAAUCCAUGAUGAUAGUACACUCAUCGUCCCCUUCUUCGUCAUCAUCAUCCUCAUCCUCAUCUUCCUCACCUCCUUUUCUGUCUCCCGAUUCUGUAUCUUCCGAUUCAAGUACUGGUUCAAAGUAUUCAGAAUGCUCUUUGGAUUCUCCUUCAGCUGCUUCAUGUUCUCUUCCUGUGUCUUCAGUUUUGUGUAACUUUCCUAACUUGACACUCUGCUCAUCCAUAAUUUCUGAACGUAAAGCUAAUAGCCCAGAAAUUGUGGGGAAGAAUUGUAGUUCUCAGCCAUGUCCUUGGUCUGCACCUUCAUCUUUUAAAAAUAUUUCAGCUUCCCUUGCAGAGCGUCGUGGGAGCUUAUCAAAGUCUCUCAAGCUGCCAGUGGCAACUGAUGAUAUAAGAGUAAAUCCACAGUGUUUUUAUGUUAACCAGGAGGAUGGGGUCAUGAUCAAUGACUUUGACACCACUUACUCUUCAUGUGGGCAAGAUACAGAAAUUGUAGUUGAUUAUAAGUUUGAUGUGAGAAAAAGGGAAGGAGAUUCAGCUUCCAAGUUGAAGAUAUCUCCUGGUAGAGUAGCUAAUGCUGAUCCAUGUGAUAAGGAGGCUACUUUUGUAAAUAGUUCUGGUCAACCUUGUAGAAAUCAUGCUUUAGUGUAUGGGUGUGGAUCCACCGUCCUGAAAGGGAUAGGGGGAAGUGGUUCUCCACAUCCUAAUGUAAUGCAACAUUUAGUAUAUCGCAUGCCUGGUUUAGAAAGGAUUGCAAGAUUUAGUAUGUCUGAUCUAGAUUCUAAAUCUUCAUUUGCAAUUUGUACUCCAAGUACAGGUUUAGGCAAGAGUGCAGUUAGGAUUCUAAAUUUUUGGGUAGGAAGGUCUUUUUCUCAUGAUAAAAGCUGGAGUCAAUUACAUAACAGUGGGGAAUUCAGAGAUCAAGAAGAGAUUGACUGGAAUCAAGUUGGUUCUAAUGUUCUAGCUCGUUUGGGUCUGCCAAAGGAUACCCCCAUUAAGAUCAUUAAAGAAGAUGAAGGACCAUCUGAAUUUCUUGCAUCAUUCAAUACAUUGUAGUGCUACAGCAAUUAAUAAGACGUCUCCAACCUGAUAGCUUAAAUCAUCUGGCAUUCUUCGGUAGGAUUAUUUUGCUCUAGAACUUUUUGAAGCAUCAAGCUGAAGUAUAGCUCUCCUGGCAAAACCAGUGAGGAAGCUGCAUUUAGUCUUCCCAAACCCAAUAGUGAGAGCUGCCUGGCUGUACAGGAUGGUAACACGGCCUUGACCAAAAAUCAUUUGUCCCUUAGACUGAAUGUUAUUGUAUACUCAGUGUUACUAGGAGCCACUAUGAAGUCUGUCCUGGAGAAACAGAGAAUCGAAAUUAUUCUUAAUGCAGUCUAAAUUUUUUUCCAUUUUAUCAUUUUGAUGGUAGCCUUUUUCUCCAUUUAAAUGCCGAUGGGAUGGAGAACUCUGGUCAGUCUAAGAGUAAGUGGUGGCUGGGGACCAAUCCUGCAAGCUUGCGUCCAAGUCAUCAUAAUGGUCCCGUACACCCUUCACCGCUUCAAACCAGGGUCUGCUAUUGUUGAAUCAAGAUGACAUGUUGAU